AUGACAAACAACCAACCUCUCCAGGGUGAUUUUGAUCAUCCAUUCCACUCCUUGUCAAGUCCUUCUGAUUGCUCCCUACUGGCCAGUACCAUAUUGGUUUCUCCAUGUUCUUCAACUCCAAACUACCACCCUCUGUCAACUUCGGUCACUGACCCUUCGUCCUGCCCUUUUGACUUCAUGCCUGGCAUUUAUCUGUUUCCUGGCAGUGAUAUCAGGAUGGUCAUUGAUUAUCACUUCCCUUUUAGUGUGGACCAGUUUCCUUUCUCUGUUGUGGUUUAUCAACGAAGUUAUUUAGAAAUCAAGAAAGAAAUUAAUCUUACAGAAGAAGCUGAGAAGUUACAAGGAAAAUCAAUUACUUUUGAAUACUGGUGUGAUAGUAACGAUUCUAGUAAUUCCAAAGAAAUCAUUGUAGAUGGCAUGAAUAAAGAUGUUAAGUGUAAUAUGAAAAAAUGGGAAAAAAGUGAAAAAUAUAAUAUUGAGAAGGGGUUUAAUAAAUCAACUGAAUUCUUCUUAGCCAUAAGAAAAAUUGAAGUUGUUGGUGAGAAAACAACAGAGUGCACUGAUACAGAUAGCUGUAAAAGAAAUUGGAUUUUUGAAGAGAAAAAUAUUGUUGGAAAGGAUAAUUUUAUAGAUGAUGAAUUCUUCAUGUCUGUUGGCUCCAAAGGCAUAAUAACCUUUGCAAAUCAAAAUAUAAAAAGCCCUGGCAAAGUACAAUUUGACUAUUUAUGCUUUGAUUCCAAAGAUUCUACACCCAGACAAUUAUCUGACACUUGUGAGACUUUUAAGUGUCAUAGUGCUUGGGAAACCCAGACUUGUAGCUUUAAUGAGGCAAAUAAGGAAAUUAAGGUCACAUUAAACCAUGACAAAAUCCUGCUUCUUGUGCGUAAAAUAAAAGGUGAUGGAACUUGAAUUAUAGAAAAUUGUACCGAUAAAGGAAGCUGUGAAGGAAACUGGGAUCAUGACGAAUUCAUUUUUUCUACAAUUUCUAAUAUUCCAGAUUCAGUUGAAAAGUACCUAUAUAAACCAGAAAAUGUCCAGGUUGGAGAAAUGACCCUACGAAAUGAUGAUGAAAACAAUGUUCAUACUGAAGGAAAGUACUGGUGUUCAGGAGAUAAACAAAUCAAAAUUGGAGACAAUGAUUUCAAGUGUGAUUCAAUGGAAUGGAAAAACUUCUCUAUGAAAAGAAAUAACAAG